AAUCAGGCACUUAGAAAGAGCAGUCGUGCAGUCAGGUACUUUCCUAGCUUAAGAGCAGUAGUCAAUCAGAUGGUAAGGAAUUUACAGCGAGGUGCAGUGCUAAGUACAUCAAGUACUGACACUGGAUUGCAUGGAGGUGGAACAGGUACGUGUAUAUCUCUUAUUUAUUAUCUUGCUGAUAAGAAAACUAUUCUUUUUUCCAGUACUACUUUGCUUUGGAGCUUGAUGUUUUUGUUGUUGUUCAAGUGAAGUUUGGUUUCCCACAUAAACAUGGCAGAGAAGCAUAAUGAUUGUUCUUUCUUUUACUAAAAAUACCAUAAAAUUCUGAAAAUAAGCCCCUCCAAAAUAUAAGCCCCCCAAACCGGUAACGCAAAAAACCCUCCAUUAAAUUGCCCCUCCAAAUAUAAGCCCCCCGGGGGCUUGUACUUGGAGAAUUGCCCUCAAAAGCAAAGUAAAACAAAGCAAAAACGGUAAGUUUACUUCCAACUAUAAGGCUAGCCCAAUCAAUUUUGAAAUGCAAAUAUCCCUCCGUAGAUAAGCCCCUCCAAGAAUAAGCCCCUCAAAAAGGGCCUUUGAAAAAUACAAGCCCAGGGGCUUAUUUUUGGAAUUUUGCGGUAUGUUCUCACUCAAACAAAGAGAGGUUUUAUUUGAAUGGUCCGACAUUCAUAAGGUUUCACUUUUAGUCAACUGACUUACCUUACUUGAGUCCAAAAUAAUAGUUCCCAGGGGUUUCAAUAAGUACCAACGGCCGACGAAACACAUUGGUUACUUUGCUUAUGGAGACUGGCUACUUUUUUCUAGAAAGAAGAAGCAACUAGUUUGAAUAAUGUUGUAAACAAAAUAUAUAUCAUAAAAUCUGAAUGAAAACGUAAUUGUGAUCAAAUGUGUUUUCAUAAAGGCCCACUGGCUUACAUUAUGCUUUAUUAGUCGUGUGAAUGCUAUAUUUCAGUCAUUUUUUCACAAGUUUCUUUAUAGGUUUAUGCAGAAUUUGUGUGCAGAAGUACGUAAUUUAGUUUUCAUUAUUUGUUCAUUGCUUGUUGGAAUUGAUUGUGAAAAUUGAACGCUACAUUUUCUUGAAUGAAAAACACUCUCUUUUGUCCUCAAAUUUAGUCUCAAGAAUGCUGAAAUUGCAUUUUAGGGCUCUGAAAGUUCAAAAUUUUGGGGGUCGGAACGUGUCCAGAUCCUCUACCCACCCCCUUGGAAAAACGGGACUGAGUUACUAAGUGCUUGAGUACUUAUUGUUAUUUUGCCCAUAUGGAGCCUAAACCAAUAGACCUUUUUACUGAUACGGUGGCCAUAUUGAAUUAAUUCGAUUUAACCCAUUCGCUCCUGAACCGCCCGUAACCACCCGUGCGGAUCCAGGUCCUUUCUACCCUUUGUGACGUCAUCAGUUUUAACGGUCAAGGACAACUUUCUUCGCUAACUUGUGCAGAGUGAAGAGAUCUCUCAAACCAUACCAGAAUGAGCACAAUUCAGUCAAGGACACGGGAGGAAGAAGCAAAAAACCACGUGACAUUGACCUGAAAAUCUCCAUGAAAAUCUUGUUCCAUUACCCACCUACCUUUGCUUUCACCUAAUGCUAAGAUCCUAAAAGCUUUCCUAAAAACUCUUCCCACCAAAAUGAAGCCUACUAAAUGCCCAGCAAGAGAAAAAAAAAAUGAGGCAAGAAAAGCGAAAAAAGAAAGGAGGAGAGAAAGCGAAAAGUAAAAGUCAAGACUGCUGUGUCACUUUUAAACCCAAAAACUCUCGAAAUUUUGCUUUCUGCGCAUGCCCGAACUUCGUAAGCUGAUAUUUUGCAUCUGGAUCAGAAGGCCGCCAAGUGUACGACCUGUAAACCGGUUUGUGGUAAGUUUUAGCUCUUUAUAGCAUGACAGUGACCAGAAAACCACUCGACUAGCUUCAAAACGCAUUUUUCGGCAAAAUCUCCAGGAGUGAAUGGGUUAAUAAACAAUUAAUGAAUGAGGCUGAGUAUCUUAUGAAGAAUUAUGGAGAUCGAGGAGGGUGUUAUCUGUCAGGGCCGUAGGCCAAGGCGGAUAUCACCCUCCUAGAUCACCUCCGAUAAUGAUAACACCCUCCUAGAUCGCCUCCGAUAAUGAUCGCCUUUUUCCUGAGAAAUACAACAGUGAAAGACCAUAUUUCUAAUACUAAACUAGAAAAAGGUGAUCAUUAUUACAUCCAAACAGGGCACAAGGAUCUUCUCUCUCAUUACAAUCUUAUUCUAAGAAAACUUUAAGAAAAAAUGUCCUGAAAAGCGCUCAAAAAUACAAACGAAAUGUGCUCAUGCCCCUGGGCAUCCUAAAAUACUCCUUAAAUCGAAUUAAUUCAAUAUGGCUGCCUUAUCGGUAAAAAGGUCUAUUGUGGAAUUGCACACAUUUUAGAAAUUUUACUUGCAAUUUUGUUGUCUGUUCCCCUUCAAAGGAAAAAAAGGGCUCUGCUUCUGAAACCCUGUAAAGAAACUAGGGGAGAGUGGAAUAAAGCCGUACAUGAUUUUUCCGAUGAAUUGCCAGAUUCUCCUUCAAAACUGCCCUUCAUUUGGUUGUGAAGCAAACAGAGAAUUUGACAUUAUGUCAAAAGUCACUUAUAGAGAAUACUUCAUGGAAAGUGCUGGCGUACGGUAUUUACGCACGAGUUGUUGACGUAUCAGAAAUCGAAUGAGUGAGCGCAGCGAACGAGUAAGAUUUCUGAUACAAAAACAACGAGUGCGUAAAUACCGUACAAAGCACUUUCCAUGUGGUAUUGUGUUUAUUAUAUACAUACUGAGUCAUUCCUCAUUUUGCGGGUCUUUUUAUUUUAAAUCUUUCAAAAAUGCUAAAAUUUGCCGCUACACACUUACCGCAAAAUGACAACGAAAAACGAAGUAUCAGCUUUUUAGUAAAAACGUUUGUUAAAAACAUAAAUGACGGUGAGGAUAUGAGGUAAUCCAAGAACUAUAAGUAAUCUUAACUGUUUGUUCUCAAUGCACAAUUGAAAAUGAGUGAAUUUAAGUAAAAUGGCGGUUUCAAUAUAAGCUUAAGCUUAAAUGAAAGGCAAAGUAGCUCCGACAAAAAGCACAACAAAAAAGCUUACGCCUCAUUCUGUUUAUCCCUUUCUGCUGUUGUUUCACGGCUCUCUACCGUAUUUUUUUUAUCGACAGUGAAACAAACGAAACUAUUCCACUCCAUUUCGAAAUGUUUUUCACUUUUUAGCGAGAAAAACUCCUUGAGUAAAACUUUUCUCGUUGAAUGUGUGCGCGGGCGCUGCAAGCUGCAAUAAAAGGCGGCAAUUUUGGCGCGAAACUCGCACACCUCUGUGGCUUCUGAUUGGACGUAUCAUUUUUCUCACACGUGAAAAAACAUCGUUCGCGAUUCUGAUUGGACGUAUCGUUUUUUUCACGUGUGAAAACCAUCGUUCGCUCCUCUGAUUGGCUAGAACUAAUUUGCGUACGAAAAUUUACGACAUAGCUUUUUGGUGAGUAUUUCUCAGUAUGUAUAUGUUGUAGUUAAUUUUUUAUCUCAGGUAAUUUUUGUUUUUCUUUUGUUUUUGGGUAUGGUAAUGUAUGCUAAUGAAAUUGAAACAAAGGAAAAAUAAAAAUUACCUGGGAUAAAAAAUUAACUACAACAUAUAUAAUAAAAGGCCUUAUUCCACGUCACUGCCAAUCAAUUAAGAAAGUGAAGGAAAGAGAGGGAGGGGCAUAUUUAUUAGUUUUGCCCUACCCUGGGAGGGGGGGGAGGGGCUUGAUUGAUUCAAAGGAAAGUGCUUAUUUAAAGGAAAUGGUGUUGAUAUUUUCUUGGUAAGUUUGGUUUGGUUUUAUUCAAGGUGGUACUCAGACUAAUUGGCCCGAUAGCAGGCUUGGGCCAUUUGCUCCCAAGGACCCCUGCUUUCCUCUGCCAGGCAAUGUGGGCGUUGAUCUUGCUCAUCUACCGCAGCCAGCUCCAAAAAACAGCGAAGUGCAAAGGCGAUCUGUGGCUGAGGUGCUGUUAGAUAUGGAAUCUGAGGAUGUCAGAAAAGCAGUCAUUAUGGACACUUACAUGAAGGAUAUUGCUGAAGAAAAUUACGAAGCAACGUCCCAGCCUCAGGUUGAAUAAAUUGUUAUUCACUUGAUAUACUUAAGUGACUAGCCUGAACUGAGCUUCCAUGCCCUAGAGGGGAGGGGGAUAGGGCGGUCACUUUGUUGGAAUUUUGUAAGAAAAGUGUGGGGCACGUGAAAGGUUUAGGGUGUAUGUGACUUCCAAUAUUAUGAGGACGUCUAAUACAUGUCCCAUUUUAGCUAUUCAUCUCACUCGCUGUAUUUUUGAAGCUUUCAUCUUGAUCUUUUGAAAUGUGGAAUCAUAUUGGGGAAAUUAUCUUUAACCCUUUAAGCCCCAGUAUCCACAAACAAAUUCUCCAAACUGGUCUCCAUACAUGUCCUUAAAGAAUGAGUUGAGAGAAUUUGAUAAAAGAUCGAGACAUUUUUACUUGGGUGAUCAUUUUAUUUAUUCUCAUAACUUGUCUGUUGACAAUGUAUGGAUAUUGUGAGGAGAAAAUUGAUCUUGGUCACUAUUGGGACUGAAAGGUUUAACUUUUUUUCGCUAUUUUAAUCUUGAUACUCCAAUCACUUUAUUGGUGUGAUAUGCCUCCUACCACAUAAUUUAGGACAUAGGCUGUAUCAGACUCCUACAUUACAACAUAAAUAACUCUUGUCCAUUGUUGCAGGUUAUCUUUUAAGAUUCAUUUUUGUUCCUGUAGUACAUGAAAACUUAAAUUCAAAAGCAGAUUAUAUCCUUUUCUGUUUUGAUGCACGACUAGAAGACUAAAGAAAUUUCAUGAAAACAACUUUUUUCAAAUGUAGAAGAACCACGCUGCUGGAUCAGUGGAAUGCAGUGUUCAACAGGUCCCGGACUUUCUUCACAAUGGAUUCAUGGAACUGUUUCCUGAUAUUGGAGUCCACACAGGUCAACUGACUGCUGUUAGCAUCAGUCAACGCACUGAAAAUGACAUGAGUGGAUGGUCGCCUGAUGUGGAAGAUGAAAGAGAUAACCUUAUGUCCAAUGUAAGCUGUUGCUUAUGAUUUGUUUUUUGCUUGUUUCAGUCUCCAUUUACAAUACUUUAAUACAGUUACAUUGCAUUCUAGGUUUUUGUACAUGAGUAUAUUUGUUAUAUCUUGCAAUUAAAGAAACUAGUAUUUUAAAGUUUGUUAUCCUCAGCUUUCCUUUGUAAGCUUUGCUUGAUGUGUUUUGUUACAGUUUGUGGAGAGUGCAAAAGAAAUCUGCAACAGCUUGAUGGCAGCAGGGUACUGGGCAGAUUUUAUAGAUCCAUCAUCAGGGACAGCGGUGAGUUGGUAUCAUAAAUCUUUGGCACUUAUUCACUGGUGACUAGCGAAGGGGGGCCGCAGUGAUCCCACCACGAAUGCUAAAAGACUAGAUGGCUUUGUGACAACAUAAAGGAUGGUUUUCAAUCCAUUUAUUCUUGGAUAUGCUGUAGUAAAAUCUAGAAAGGUGGCCAUUAUGUAACACGCUAAAAAAGAAUCAAAAACUGAUUACUUUGGGGGAGGUUUAUUGUUAGGUGUGUAGUGUAAAAAAUGAGGUUACAAAAAUAUAGCUAAACAUUAGUGGUGUGCUGGUCAUUGAUUUUAAUUGAUACCUAGUCAAAAUCUUUAGGCAAUGCAAUAAUUGAUUUUGGACAACAAUUUCAAUCAAUUAUCAUAGGGGAAAAACUAUAAUUUCUUGUUGGCAUUAAAUGCUCGUGUGUUGCCUGUUUAAUGGUCUCUCAUUUAAAGAAGAAAGAGAAAUUGUUCACCUGAAAACCAGAGAAAAAUUCUGAGUCUAGUCGUCUACUGUCAAAAAAACUCAAAAAAGGUUUGUAUUACAUAUUUACAUGUACAAUAAAGUCAUAUGUACUUUGACUUGCCCAAAGGUGAAAAAUAAAUGGAAUCCGUAUACAGAAGUUUUUUCCAAUGAAUUGAUGAUUGAUUGAGUGGACAAUUUCCAAUUUAUUAUUUCGUAUAAUCUCAAUUAUGAAAUGUGCCGAUUCCCAACACUACCCAAGGCUGUGCUCUAAGAAAAAUUUAAGGGAGCCCAGCGCCCUGGAACUGUGAAAUCCGGGGUGCCCAACAUAUGAUUUUUAUGAAAAAACUAAGACUUUUUAGUCACCCAGGAGCAAAAGUUACAUGCAGGUGCCAGGGGCCACCAGGCUCUGCUAGAGCACAGCCUUGCUACUAAACACUGUCUACCAUAAAUAGUUGUAACAAACUUGGGACUAUUUAUAUGGUGCAGCUAUCUUUUUCAAAACUGGUUUCCUUUGUUUUAUUUCAGUUCUUCGGACCACACACCAACAGCACAUUGUUUGAAACAGAUGAGCGAUACAACCAUCUUGGAUUUAACAUCCUGGAUUUAGGCUGCUGCAAAGUUAUCUCUCAUCAUCUCUGGGGAUCAUAUGCUAUCGUAGGAACCAUCUUCACUAACGCUCCCGCUAAUUCUAAUGCAUUGGGAAGUAGCCUUCAUCACAAGAAAUAG